GAUGGCCGGGCGCCUCGGUUCCGCUCCCGCCUGCGGCCCCGAGUCCCAUUCAUUGCCGCGCUGCUGAGCGGAGCCCCGAGGCGGCCCGAGGGCUUCGGGGGCUGUCCCCGCGGGGCGAGAGGCCGCCAUGGCGACCCUGGAAAAGCUGAUGAAAGCUUUCGAGUCUCUCAAGUCCUUCCAGCAGCAGCAGCAGCAGCAGCAGCAGCAGCAGCAGCAGCAGCAGCAACAGCAGCCGCCGCCACCGCCGCCUCAGCCUCCUCAGCCGCCACCGCAGACGCAGCCGCCGCCUCAGCCGCCGCCGCCCCCGCCCCCGCCGCCGCCGCCGCCCGGCCCGGCAGUGGCCGAGGAGCCGCUGCACCGACCAAAGAAGGAGCUCUCAGCCACCAAGAAAGAUCGUGUGAAUCAUUGUCUGACAAUAUGUGAAAACAUAGUGGCACAGUCUCUCAGAAAUUCACCAGAAUUUCAGAAACUGCUGGGCAUCGCUAUGGAACUUUUCCUGCUGUGCAGUGAUGAUGCAGAGUCAGAUGUCAGGAUGGUGGCUGACGAAUGCCUCAACAAAGUCAUCAAGGCUUUGAUGGAUUCCAACCUUCCGAGGUUACAGCUAGAACUUUAUAAGGAAAUUAAAAAGAACGGUGCUCCUCGGAGCCUCCGUGCUGCCCUGUGGAGGUUUGCUGAGCUGGCUCACCUGGUCCGGCCUCAGAAGUGCAGGCCGUACUUGGUGAACCUCUUGCCCUGCCUGACGCGCACAAGCAAGAGGCCCGAGGAGUCUGUUCAGGAGACCUUGGCUGCAGCCGUCCCGAAAAUCAUGGCGUCCUUUGGCAAUUUCGCAAACGACAAUGAGAUUAAGGUUCUGUUGAAGGCCUUCGUAGCGAACCUGAAGUCCGGCUCCCCCACGGUCCGGCGCACGGCGGCGGGCGCGGCGGUGAGCGUGUGCCAGCACUCCCGGCGGACGCGCUACUUCUACAGCUGGCUGCUCAGCGUGCUCUUAGGUCUGCUCGUGCCUGUGGAGGAGGAACACGGCACCCUCCUGAUUCUCGGGGUGCUGCUCACCCUGAGGUAUCUGGUGCCCCUGCUGCAGCAGCAGGUCAAGGACACGAGCUUGAAAGGCAGCUUCGGGGUGACCCGGAAGGAAAUGGAGGUCUCUCCCUCGACGGAACAGCUUGUCCAGGUUUACGAGUUGACCUUGCAUUACACUCAGCACCAAGACCACAACGUUGUGACGGGGGCCUUGGAGCUCCUGCAGCAGCUGCUCAGGACGCCUCCCCCGGAGCUCCUGCAGGCGCUGACCUCGCCGGGCGGCAUCGCGCAGCUCACCGCCAACAACGACGAGCCCAGGUGCCGAAGUCGCAGCGGGAGCAUCGUGGAGCUCAUAGCUGGAGGGGGUUCUUCAUGCAGCCCUGUCCUUUCAAGAAAACAAAAAGGGAAGGUGCUCUUGGGAGACGCAGCGGCCUUGGAGGAUGAGCCUGCGUCGCGGUCGGAGGGCAGCAGCCCCGCCCUCACAGCCUCGGUCACGGGUGAGCUGGGUGGUGAGCUGGCCCCCUCCUCCGGUGUCUCCACUCCUGGCUCUGCCAGCUCCGCUGCCGACUCUGUGGGUCACGACAUCAUCACAGAACAGCCCCGGUCUCAGCACACGCUGCAGCCGGACUCGGUGGAUCUGAGCGGCUGUGACUUGAGCAGCGCUGCCACCGAUGGGGACGAGGAGGACAUCUUGAGCCACAGCUCCAGCCAGAUGAGUGCCGUCCCGUCGGACCCUGCCAUGGACUUGAACGAUGGGACCCAGGCCUCCUCACCCGUCAGCGACAGCUCCCAGACCACCACCGAGGGCCCUGACUCGGCUGUGACCCCUUCAGACAGCUCUGAAAUUGUGUUGGAUGGUGCAGACGGCCAGUACUCUGGGCUGCGGUUGGGACAGCCCCAGGACGCGGACGCGGACGAGGACGCCGCAGGGCUCCUUCCCCACGGAGGCCCGGAUGCUUUCAGAAGCUCCCCCACCGCCCUUCAACAAUCACAUGUGUUGAAAAGCCUGGGCCACAGCAGGCAGCCCUCCGACAGCAGUGUAGAUAAAUUUGUCUCGAGAGAUGAAGCUGCUGAGGCAGGAGAGCCAGAAAACAAGCCUUGCCGCAUCAAAGGUGACAUAGGCCAGUCCACCGACGAGGAUUCUGCUCCUCUCGUCCACUGUGUCCGCCUUUUAUCUGCUUCAUUUUUGCUGACGGGGAAAAGAAACGCCUUGGUUCCAGACCGGGAUGUGAGGGUCAGUGUGAAGGCGCUGGCGCUCAGCUGUGUGGGCGCCGCCGUGGCCCUGCAUCCUGAGUCCUUCUUCAGCAAGCUUUAUAAGGCGCCCCUGGACAGCGUGGAGUACCCGGACGAGCAGUACGUGUCGGACAUCCUGAGCUACAUCCACCACGGCGACCCGCAGGUCCGAGGCGCCACAGCCAUCCUCUGCGGGACCCUGGUCUCCUCCAUCCUCAGCAGGUCCCGCUUCCACGUGGGGGACUGGAUGGGCGCCGUCCGGGCUCUGACAGGAAAUGCAUUUGCUCUGGUGGACUGCAUUCCGCUGCUGCAAAAGACGUUGAAGGAUGAAUCCUCCGUUACGUGCAAGUUGGCGUGCACAGCCGUGAGGCUCUGCGUGGCGGCUCUCUGCGGCAGCAGCUACAGCCAGUGGGGGCUGCAGCUCAUCACCGACCUGCUGACCCUGAGGAGCAGCUCCUACUGGCUGGUGCGGACCGAGCUCCUGGAGACCGUGGCAGAGAUUGACUUCAGGUUGGUGAGCUUUUUGGAGGCAAAAGCAGAAAACCUACACAGAGGGGCCCAUCACUACACAGGGCUGUUAAGACUGCAAGAACGAGUGCUCAAUAAUGUUGUCAUCUACCUGCUAGGGGACGAGGACCCCAGGGUGCGACAUGUUGCUGCAGCUUCGUUAGUGAGGCUCGUCCCAAAGCUGUUUUAUAAAUGUGACCAAGGCCAGGCUGACCCAGUGGUGGCCGUGGCGAGAGAUCAAAGCAGUGUUUACCUGAAGCUCCUCAUGCACGAGACGCAGCCUCCGUCGCACUUCUCCGUCAGCACCGUCACCAGAACAUACAGAGGCUAUAACCUACUACCGAGCGUCACCGACGUCACUCUGGAAAAUAACCUUUCGCGAGUUACUGCAGCAGUUUCUCAUGAACUCAUCACGUCAACCACCCGAGCACUCACAUUUGGAUGCUGUGAAGCUUUGUGUCUUCUUUCAACUGCCUUCCCUGUUUGCGUCUGGAGUUUAGGCUGGCACUGUGGAGUGCCGCCUCUGGGCGCCGCGGAUGAGUCCAGGAAGAGCUGUACUGUCGGCAUGGCCACCACGGUCCUGACGCUGCUCUCCUCAGCUUGGUUCCCGCUGGACCUCUCAGCCCAUCAAGACGCUUUGAUUUUAGCCGGAAAUUUGCUUGCAGCCAGUGCCCCCAGGUCCCUGAGGAGUUCCUGGACCUUGGAGGAAGAGGCCAGCCCAGCGGCCACCAGGCAGGAGGAGGUCUGGCCGGCUCUGGGCGACCGCUCGCUGGUGCCUAUGGUGGAGCAGCUCUUCUCCCACCUGCUCAAGGUGCUCAACAUCUGCGCGCACGUCCUGGACGACGUGGCUCCCGGACCAGCAGUCAAGGCAGCCUUGCCGUCUCUAGCAAACCCCCCUUCUCUGAGCCCGAUCCGACGAAAGGGAAAAGAGAAGGAACCGGGAGAGCAGGCGUCUGUGCCCGUGAGUCCCAAGAAAGGCGGUGAGGCCAGUCCAGCCGCUCGACAGUCGGAUACCUCAGGGCCUGUCGCUGCAAACAAGUCCUCGUCACUGGGCAGCUUCUGUCACCUCCCUUCUUACCUCAAACUGCACGAUGUUCUGAAAGCUACUCACGCAAACUAUAAGGUCACCUUGGAUCUCCAGAGCGGCACUGAGAAGUUCGGGGGCCUUCUACGCUCUGCCUUGGAUGUCCUCUCCCAGGUGCUGGAGGUGGCGACGCUGCAGGACAUCGGGAAGUGUGUUGAGGAGAUCCUGGGCUACCUGAAAUCCUGCUUCAGCCGAGAACCAACAAUGGCGACUGUGUGCGUGCAGCAGUUGUUGAAGACGCUCUUCGGGACAAACUUGGCCUCCCAGUUCGACGGCUUGGCCUCCACCCCCAGCAAGUCUCAGGGCCGCGCUCAGCGCCUGGGCUCCUCCAGCGUGAGGCCGGGCUUGUACCACUACUGCUUCAUGGCUCCGUACACCCACUUCACCCAGGCCCUCGCCGACGCCAGCCUGAGGAACUUGGUGCAGGCGGAGCAGGACCACGACGCCUCAGGGUGGUUUGACGUACUCCAGAAAGUGUCCACCCAACUGAAGACAAACCUCACCAGUGUCACCAAGAACCGUGCGGACAAGACUGCUCUGCAUAACCACAUCCGCCUCUUCGAGCCUCUCGUUAUAAAAGCUUUAAAACAGUACACGACCACCACCUCCGUGCAGUUACAGAAGCAGGUUUUGGAUUUGCUGGCGCAGCUGGUUCAGCUACGGGUUAAUUACUGUCUUCUGGAUUCUGAUCAGGUGUUUAUUGGAUUUGUGCUGAAGCAGUUUGAAUACAUUGAAGUGGGCCAGUUCAGGGAAUCAGAGGCAAUUAUUCCAAACAUCUUUUUCUUCCUGGUACUGCUGUCUUAUGAACGCUAUCAUUCAAAACAGAUCAUUGGAAUUCCUAAAAUCAUCCAGCUCUGUGACGGCAUCAUGGCCAGUGGCAGGAAGGCUGUGACACACGCCAUUCCGGCUCUGCAGCCCAUCGUCCACGACCUCUUCGUUUUAAGAGGAACCAAUAAGGCUGAUGCAGGAAAAGAGCUCGAGACCCAGAAGGAGGUGGUGGUGUCCAUGCUGCUGAGGCUCGUCCAGUACCAUCAGGUGCUGGAGAUGCUCAUCCUGGUCCUGCAGCAGUGCCACAAGGAGAGCGAGGACAAGUGGAAGCGGCUGUCGCGGCAGGUGGCCGACGUCAUCCUCCCGAUGCUGGCCAGACAGCAGAUGCACAUCGACUCGCACGACGCCCUCGGGGUGUUGAACACGCUGUUUGAGGUCCUGGCCCCCUCCUCCCUCCGCCCCGUGGACAUGCUGCUGCGGACUAUGUUUCUCACUCCAGACUCGCUGGCCGCUGUGAGCACCGUCCAGCUCUGGGUGUCGGGCAUCCUGGCCAUCCUGAGGGUGCUCAUCUCCCAGUCAACGGAGGACAUCGUGCUGUCCCGGAUUCAGGAGCUCUCCUUCUCCCCGAGCUUGAUCUCCUGCCCGAUGAUCAUCCGGCUAAGAGGCGGGAACAGUGACUCAGCCCCGGAGGAGCACAGCGAGGGGAGACAGGGGAAGAAUCUGCCGGAAGAAACCUUUUCAAGGUUUCUGCUCCAGUUGGUGGGCAUCCUCCUGGAAGACAUCGUCACCAAGCGGCUGCGGGUGGAAGUGAGCGAGCAGCAGCAUACCUUCUAUUGCCAGGAGCUGGGCACGCUGCUCAUGUGCCUGAUCCACAUCUUCAAGUCUGGGAUGUUCCGGAGAGUCACGGCAGCUGCCUCCAGACUGCUCACGGACGGCGCGGACGGCGCCUUCUACGGCCUGGAGCGCCUGAACGCCUGGGUGCGCGCCAUGGUCCCCACCCACCCGGCCCUCGUGCUGCUCUGGUGUCAGAUCCUGCUGCUCGUCAGCCACACCGACUACCGCUGGUGGGCAGAGGUGCAGCAGACCCCCAGAAGACGCAGUCUGUCCAGCACCAAGUCGCUUGGUCCCCAGAUGUCUGGAGAAGACGAGGACUCCGACGCGGCUUCCAGACUGGGAAUGUGCAGUAGAGAAAUCGUACGAAGAGGGGCCCUGAUUCUCUUCUGUGAUUACGUCUGCCAGAACCUGCAUGACUCGGAGCACUUGACCUGGCUCAUCGUGAACCACAUUCAGGAUCUCAUCCACCUGUCGCACGAGCCGCCGGUGCAGGACUUCAUCAGCGCCGUGCACCGCAACGCCGCAGCCAGCGGCCUUUUCAUCCAGGCCAUCCAGUCCCGCUGUGAGAACCUCUCCGCCCCUACCACGCUGAAGAAAACCCUGCAGUGCCUGGAAGGGAUCCACCUGAGCCAGUCGGGUGCCGUGCUGACGCUGUACGUGGACAAGCUUCUGCGCACGCCGUUCCGGGUGCUGGCCCGCAUGGUCGACACCCUGGCUUGCCGCCGGGUGGAAAUGCUUUUGGCCGCAAACUUACAGAGCAGCAUGGCCCAGUUGCCCGUGGAGGAACUGACCCGAAUCCAGGAAUACCUUCAGAGCAGCGGCUUAGCUCAGAGACACCAAAGGCUCUCCUCCCUGCUGGACAGGCUGCGUCUCGCCACCGCCCCAGGCUCGCGUGGUCCCGCUCCUCGGGUCUCGUCCCACCCGCUGGACGGGGACGGGCCCCUGGCACUGGAGACAGUGAGUCCUGACAAAGACUGGUACCUCCGUCUGGUGAAAUCCCAGUGCUGGACUCGCUCAGACUCCGCGCUGCUGGAAGGGGCGGAGCUGGUGAGCCGGAUCCCACCCGGCGACAUGGGCGCCUUCCUGAUGAACCCGGAGUUCAACUUGAGCCUGUUAGCCCCGUGCUUGGGCCUGGGCAUGCGUGAGAUCUCUGCCGGCCAGAAGAGUCCCCUGUUUGAGGCGGCCCGCGCGGCCACCCUGGACCGCGUGACGAGCGUGGUCCAGCAGCUUCCCGCUGUCCAUCAGGUUUUCCAGCCAUUCCUGCCCACAGAGCCUGCCGCCUACUGGAGCAAGUUGGACGAUCUCUUUGGGGACACUGUGCUGUAUCGGUCCCUGACCACCUUGGCCCGGGCGCUGGCCCAGUACCUGCUGGUGCUCUCCAAACUGCCCGGCCCCCUGCAGCUUCCCCCCGAGAAGGAGACGGACACCGUGAGGUUCGUGGUCAUGACUCUCGAGGCCCUGGCGUGGCAUCUGGUCCACGAGCAGAUCCCGCUGAGCCUGGACCUGCAGGCCGGCCUGGACUGCUGCUGCCUGGCCCUGCAGCUGCCCGGCCUCUGGAGCGCGCUCUCCUCCCCAGAGAUGGUGACCCACGCCUGCUCCCUCAUCCUCUGUGUCCGGUUCAUCUUGGAAGCCAUUGUCGUGCAGCCUGGGGACCAGCUUCUUAGUCCAGAGAGAAAGGCAGACACGCCAAAGGCUGCCGGCGAGGAUGAAGUGGAUUCGAACACACAGAGCCCUCCGUAUCUUGGCGCGGCCUGCAGGAUGGUGGCGGAGAUGGUGGCGAGCCUGCCCUCGGUGUUGGCGCUGGGCCGUGAGCGGAGCAGCCGCACGCCGGCCUUCCUCGCGCCCGUGCUCAGGAACGUCAUCGUCAGCCUGGCCCGCCUGCCCCUGGUCAACAGCUACACGCGCGUCCCGCCCCUGGUGUGGAAACUCGGGUGGUCGCCCAGACCAGGAGGGGACUUUGGCACGGCGUUCCCUGAGAUCCCCGUGGAGUUCCUCCAGGAGAAGGAAGUCUUCAGGGAGUUCAUCUUCCGCAUCAACACGCUAGGCUGGACCAGCCGUACCCAGUUUGAGGAAACGUGGGCCACCCUGCUUGGUGUCCUGGUGACUCAGCCCCUCGUGAUGGAGCAGGAGGAGAACCCACCAGAGGAGGACACAGAGCGGACGCAGAUCCACGUCCUGGCCGUGCAGGCCAUCACCUCCCUGGUGCUGAGUGCGAUGACCGUGCCUGUGGCCGGCAACCCGGCCGUGAGCUGCUUGGAGCAGCAGCCCCGGAACAAGCCGCUGAAAGCCCUCGACACCAGGUUUGGGAGGAAGUUGAGCGUCAUCCGGGGGGUCGUGGAGCAGGAAGUGCAAGCGAUGGUUUCCAAGCGCGAGAACGUCGCCACCCACCACCUGUACCAAGCCUGGGACCCCGUCCCGUCUCUGUCUCCCGCCACGACAGGUGCCCUCAUCAGCCACGACAGACUCCUGCUGCAGGUCAACCCCGAGCGGGAGCUGGGGGACACCAGCUACCAGCUGGGCCAGGUGUCCAUCCACUCCGUGUGGCUGGGGAACAGCAUCACGCCCCUGCGGGAGGAGGAGUGGGAUGAGGAGGAGGAGGAGGAGGCGGACGUCCCCGUGCCAUCCCCGCCCACGUCGCCGCUCAACUCCAGGAAGCACCGCGCUGGCGUUGACAUCCACUCCUGCUCGCAGUUUCUGCUCGAGCUCUACAGUCGCUGGAUCCUGCCGUCCAGCGCGGCCAGGAGGACCCCCGUCAUCCUCAUCAGCGAAGUGGUCCGAUCCCUUCUGGUGGUCUCUGACUUGUUCACGGAGCGCAGCCAGUUUGAGAUGAUGUAUCUGACGCUGACGGAGCUGCGGCGGGCGCACCCCCCAGAGGACGAGAUUCUCCUCCAGUACCUGGUGCCCGCCACCUGCAAGGCGGCCGCCGUCCUCGGCAUGGACAAGGCCGUGGCAGAGCCGGUGAGCCGGCUGCUGGAGAGCACGCUCAGGAGCAGCCACCUGCCCAGCAGGAUCGGAGCCCUGCACGGCGCCCUCUACGUGCUGGAGUGCGACCUCCUGGACGACACGGCCAAGCAGCUCAUCCCGGCCAUCAGCGACUAUCUCCUCUCCAACCUCCGAGGCGUGGCCCACUGUGUGAACGUGCACAGCCAGCAGCACGUGCUGGUGAUGUGCGCCACGGCCUUCUACCUGAUCGAGAACUACCCUCUGGACGUCGGGCCCGAGUUCUCUGCGUCCGUCAUACAGAUGUGUGGCGUGAUGCUGUCCGGCAGCGAGGAGUCCACCCCGUCCAUCGUCUACCACUGCGUCCUGAGGGGCCUGGAGCGCCUCCUGCUCUCCGAGCAGCUCUCCCGGCUGGACGCGGAGUCCCUGGUCAAGCUGAGCGUGGACAGAGUGAACGCGCACAGCCCGCACCGCGCCAUGGCGGCCCUGGGCCUGAUGCUCACCUGCAUGUACACGGGAAAGGAGAAGAUCAGCCCAGGCAGAAGCUCCGACCCCAGCCCUGCCGCCCCCGACAGCGAGUCUGUGAUUGUGGCCAUGGAGCGUGUGUCUGUUCUCUUCGACAGGAUCAGAAAGGGGUUUCCCUGUGAAGCCAGAGUGGUGGCCAGGAUCCUGCCCCAGUUCCUGGAUGACUUCUUCCCGCCCCAGGACGUCAUGAACAAGGUCAUUGGGGAGUUUCUGUCCAACCAGCAGCCGUACCCGCAGUUCAUGGCCACUGUCGUGUACCAGGUGUUCCAGACGCUGCACAGCACCGGACAGUCGUCCAUGGUCCGGGACUGGGUCAUGCUGUCCCUCUCCAACUUCACCCAGAGGACCCCAGUCGCCAUGGCCGUGUGGAGCCUCUCCUGCUUCUUCGUCAGCGCCUCCACCAGCCCGUGGGUCUCGGCCAUCCUCCCGCACGUCGUCAGCAGGAUGGGCAAGCUGGAGCAGGUGGACGUGAACCUCUUCUGCCUGGUGGCCACGGACUUCUACAGACACCAGAUAGAGGAGGAGCUUGACCGCAGGGCCUUCCAGUCCGUGUUCGAGGUGGUCGCCGUGCCAGGAAACCCCUAUCACCGACUGCUGACAUGUUUGCAGGAUGUCCACAGGGUGGCUGCAUGCUGAGGCCCACGCGGUGGCAGCGAGGCGGCGGGGACUUUGGGCCUGCCAGCCCGGUGGCUUGGCAUCACGGGCUUCCCUCUGUGGCUUGGGGGCCGGGCGAUGGCAUCCUGCCGGCAGCGGUGCGGCUGCGAGCAGGGGUACAUGCAGGAGGCUCUGGGGUUGAGCCCGAGUCCUCCCAGGGCAGGAGCAGCUGUGUCGCGAGCCCUCCGUGCCCGAGUCCAUUAAAUGCCAGUUAGCCAGGUGUUGAUCUUCCUCCUCCUGUCCAGCCUGUUCCUUGGCACCAGGAGUUCUCUACUCUCGCAGGCUGGCCGAGGGCCCCUCUGCUGUCCCGCAGGCGGGCUUUGGAGCACACCCCUCGCGUCCCCGCGGCGAGGCGAGGGGGCCCGGGGUCUCGUCUGGGCCGGGCGGGGUGGCUGGGAGCACGACGGCCCGCACCGUUCUUCCCUGUCUGUCUUCUUCUCAGGAUUUAAAGUUUAAUUAUAUCAGUAAAGAGAUUACUUUUAAGGUAACUUUCUAUGCCCGUGUACAGUCUGUGCAUUGCCAAGUCUGCUGCAUGCGCGGCCUCGUGUGGCGGGCAGGCCUGUGCCCCUUCCUCUGCCGACAGCUCCCCCCUGCCCCCUCUCCUCUCAUUCACAUCUAGUUGGAGUUUAGGGAACGUUGGUGCAGGCCUUCUCCCCGGGGCACGGACGGCUCUCACAGUGCCCACCCCCCGGGCCCUCUGCUGACCCGGCCACAAGCAGCUGCUGUCGCUUCCCCGGCGUCCGUCCUGAGCUGGGCCACGGUCUGUCGGGCUGGCUGGUGGGCGUUGGGACCUGCGUCUCGUGUCUUCUCCGCAUGUUGGGGCGCAGAGGUGUCCAGUGGCUUCGAGAGUGUAAGGGCGGUAUUUGUCCCGACCCCUCAGGCAAGACAGAGCUCGGCGUCCUGGGAAAGACCCCAGCCGCUCCUCGGCCCCCUCCCCAGCUCAGCCCAGACGCGGCGCCUUCUUUCAGCUCAGGGGAGCGUGGGCCUGUGUGUGCGCCCCCAGCUUCUGCGCGGGGCCAGCCCGGGUUCUGGACCCAGAGGGCCAGAUCACCAGAUGCAGAGGCGGCCUGGGCUGCCGGGUGGCCCUGGCCAGGAGCCCCUGGGGCACUUAGGGUGGGCUCUCCAUGUCCCCGGCGCAGCUGGUCAUCCGGUCACCCUCGUGUUGGCCAGUUUGGUCAGAGCUCAAGUGCGGUCAGGUUUGGUGUUUCGUCCUAAGUGGAGGUGAUGUGGAUGCCGUGUCCCCAGGGCUGCACGGGGUCCUUGGGGCCCAUGCGCCACCCUCUGUCUGUGCGACAUCUCGCCACAGCGCACAGCCCGUCCCCAAAGGCCUUGGGGUCAGAGUGUGCGUGGGGCCAGGGGAGGCGGUGGGGGCCUCCUCAGAGCCGCCUCUGGUUUCCCACCAGCCUCCAGCAGAGGCCUCGCCGGGCCGGAGGGUGCCCAGUAGAGAGGAGUCUGGCCCGAGCAGGGCCUUGCCGGAGGGACGCCGACUGAACCAGACGUGAGGAAGUGACCGCUCUCCUGUUCCCUUUGGCCUCCCGCCUCUCACGCUAGCUCUUCCCGUCGGGCACCUGCUGGGAUGUUUGCGAGCGCAGGAAGGUUCUAGAGCUGCUUCCCUUGCCGCCCCCCGCGUUCUUGGAGCAGCUCCGAGACGGGGGUGCUGCAGGCCGACGUGGUCCCGCUCGGGCUGUCGGCUCGUUAGCGGUAACGCUGUGCGUGUACAAGCGGGGGCGCGGCACUGGGCUCGGCUGAGUUGACUCGGCCCCUCGUCGACCGUGUGACCCGGAGCUGGGCUCCAGCCUCAGGCGCCGACCCGGAGACCCGCCUGUGCGCUGCCCACGUGCGUGCAUUGGUGAGGGAGGUGGUUUCAGCCGGGCGAGCGUGUGAGACGCAAGGGCUAAUUCUGUAUCUGCAGACACGCCCGGCCGAGGAACGGCCAGGUCCUCGCGGAAGCCGACUUUCCCGAGCCCUGCCACGUGGUCCGCCGCGGGGCCUGGGGUGCUCGUUAAAACCCCGCUGAGGACUCGCCCACCUUGUCGGCUCCGCAGGAGGGGCUGAGACGGGAUCUGGUUCUUGAAAGCCCCUGGCCGGCACCCUCUCGUUGCCGAUUUUGUUGAAGAUGUCUUUCGCUUGGUUGUCAGGUUCGUCUGGGAGGCGGGGUCCUGCUGGGAAUCAGGACGUAGGAGUGAAACCAGGGUGGAGUUGGCCGCGACGCGCCUGCGCAGCCUGCCCCGGGCCUGCCUCCCACUGCGGCCCCGCGCUGCCCGGGCCUCCCAGGUGCCAAGGGCCCUUGGCUGUGCACCCACUUCUGCCGGCUCGAGCUCCCUUCGGAGGAAGGGGUGUGCUGGACACCCAGAUGCUCAGAACGCAGCCCCAGGAGGCCUGCCGCACGCAGACCCACUUCGUGGCCGGGACGCUGCCAAGCCCUCGGGUGUGGGCACCGAGGGGGGCCCUGCUUCGGUUCAGGUGGGACGUCCCGAAGCGGGGUAGCCCCUUUGGGCUGCACCAGCUGUCGCACAUGGUGUGCGCGGCUGGACUCUGCUUCCUCCCGACCCUGCGAGCAUCUUUCCUGCCGGGUCCUCUCUGGGCCUCGUGGCCCUCCCUCCGUGGUCAGUGCCCGGCCAGCGGGAGGCCUGUCUGCUGGCGCGAUGGGCAGGGAGCUGCAGAGCUGGGGGUGUGCGCGAGAGGGGUCAGGCUCAGCAGGGAGGAGCCCCGCUCCAACGGUGGUGACCACCAAAGGUGGUCCGGAAGGGCCAAGGACACUCUGCCCACCUGCUGUCCCUCAGCGUCACCCCACUGGGGGCGUCUGGUCCUGGACGGUCACCACAGUGUUUGUCAUUGUCAGUGGGUGACCUCUGGCUUUGGAGGGUUGUAGCCGAAGGUGGUUUGGCUCUGAGCUAAGUGGGGCCACUGCCCGUGCCUGCUGCCUCGCGCAUGGCAGAGUGGCUUUCGGCAGGGUUUGAACUCGUACUGUGCCAUUGCUGUCCCCCACCCCUACCCCCGGUCGCCGCCUCGCUGGGAGCCGGCAGGGCUGUGAAGGGCACGUCCCGGAGCCUGGCCCAGACCUGUUUCUGAGAGGAGAAAGAGGGUCUGACGUGAGAUGUCUAUUUUAAUUUUUUAACUGCUGCAAACAUUGUACAUCUGAAU